CCUCAAAAUAAAACAGCUCCCCAGGACCUCAACACAGCAAGAGAGCAUCUUGUCUGGCUGAGCAGAUAAGAACUCUGCUACCUGGUAAAAAUGACUGACAAAACCCCCUUCGAAACAGAUAUGCUGACUCUCACGCGAUUUGUUAUGGAAAAGGGACGUCGUGUGAAAGGAGCAACAGGAGAGCUGACACAGCUGCUCAACUCCAUGCUGACUGCCAUAAAGGCCAUUUCCUCUGCUGUCAGAAAGGCAGGCCUUGCUCACAUGUUUGGUAUAGCUGGCACUGUGAACGUGACCGGUGAUGAGGUGAAGAAGCUGGAUGUAUUAUCCAACUCCCUGGUGAUUAAUAUGCUCCAGUCCUCCUACAGUACCUGUGUCCUUGUCACAGAGGAGAACAAGGAGGCCAUCAUCACUCCGAAAGACAAGCAGGGCAAAUAUGUGGUUUGCUUUGACCCCCUUGAUGGUUCAUCCAAUAUAGACUGCUUGGCACCUAUAGGAACUAUAUUUGCUAUCUACAAAAAGGAAACAGAUGAUGAGCCCUCUGAAAAAGAUGCUUUACAGCCCGGACGUAAUAUUGUUGCUGCAGGUUAUGCCUUGUAUGGUAGUGCUACACUGGUUGCCCUCUCCACAGGGCAAGGAGUUGACUGCUUCAUGCUCGAUCCGGGUCUUGGUGAAUUUAUUUUGGUGGACAGAGAUGUUAAAAUCAAGCAGAAGGGGAAGGUGUACAGUCUCAAUGAAGGUUAUGCAAAAUAUUUUGAUCCUGCAAUGACAGAAUAUUUGCAAAAGAAGAAAUUCCCUGAGGAUGGCAGUUCCCCAUAUGGUGCCAGGUAUGUGGGCUCCAUGGUAGCUGAUGUUCACCGUACAUUGAUGUAUGGUGGGAUCUUCAUGUAUCCUGCUAAUAAGAAGAGUCCUAAAGGAAAGCUCCGACUCCUCUAUGAAUGCAACCCUAUGGCUUUCAUCAUUGAGCAGGCGGGUGGGAUUGCAACUACAGGCACAGAAGCAGUGUUGGAUGUGAAACCUGAGAAUAUUCAUCAGAGAGUUCCUCUUAUACUUGGCUCUCCAGAUGACGUGCAAGAAUACCUUGCUUGUGUACAGAAACACAAGAAGAGCAGCUAAAGGCUUUUCCACAUCAGACCUUGAUCAUGCAUUUUUUCAGUCUGUAAGAAAAGCCAUACAUUUCAAGAUGGUGGAUUCUAGCAAUUAACACAGUGAAAGUUCCGCUUUAUGAGAACAAGAAAAAAAAAAUUGUUGAUGGGAAAAAAGGUAACAAUUUAAUUUCUCCUUGUAGGCAAAGGUAAAAAUUCUUUUACUCUGAUUUAUGCAGUGCAAAUAUAGAGAUGGAGUCCUGAUUUCCAAACAGAAACUAAUUUAUAUAAUAGUAACAAA